CGAAGAAUUGCAUUCAAGAUCACACACUCAUCAAUGGCGGUUUCCACGGUGUGCGGUCGUCUUUCCUUGACGCCUAAUCUCUCCAUCAAGCCUAAACCCAAAGCCAACGGAAGACCGAACACGAAGAAGUUGUCAGUUCGAAUUCAAGCUUCCUUCUCCGACCCGUUUGUACUUCAAUUAGCGGAAUCUCUUGAAGAUUCUCUAUCCGCUUGUCCUUCUUCUUCGUUAUCAUCCUCGUCUUUGCCCCUCCAGAGAAUCCGAGAUUCUUCCGCUGAGGCUCUUCUCUCGACGCCAUGGCCGUCGCGAAGAGACGAGCCUUUCCGUUUCACCGACACUUCCUUCAUCCGACAUUCCCAAAUCGAACCCGUCUCGACCAAGCAACGAAAUUCGAAAAUCUUGGAGGAUCUGACGGAAACCGAGUUCCCAAACGUCGUGAUAAUUGACGGGUUCGUAGCGAGUUUUUCGGUUGAUCCGUCCGAUUUUCCCGAUGGGGUUUACGUCGGAAGCUUUACGGGUCUACCCGAUGAGAUUUCGGGCCGGGUAUCUGAAUUCAUCGGCGAUUUCGAUUCGGGUGAUCUCUUCUGGUCGAUUAACGGAAUGGGUGCACCGGAUUUGACGGUGAUUUAUGUUCCUGUCGGGUGUAGGGUAGAGAAUCCGAUCCUUCUGAGGUACUUCGCCGGCGAAACCGGUGACCUGCAGUCGAAACGGUUACCGGUGUCGAAUCCUAGGGUUUUUGUGUUGGUGGAGGGAGGAGGAGAGGUGGGUAUAGUCGAGGAAUUCGUCGGAAUAGAUGAAAAUGGGUUCUAUUGGGCAAAUCCGGUUUUGGAAGUCGUGGUUCGAGAACGUGCAAAAGUUAGACAUACGUACUUGCAGAGAGAAUCCAUGGCUGCUGCUCAUAUCAAGUGGACCUCUGUCCGACAGGAGAGGGAGAGUAGUUACGAGCUCGUGGAAGUGAGCACGGGUGGAAGAUUGGGGAGACACAAUGUGAAUGUGCAGCAGCUAGGGCCCGAAACCGUGACAGAGCUAACCACUUUCCAUCUGUGUAUUGAUGAGCAAACACUUGAUCUGCACAGCAGAAUUGUCUUGGACCAUCCACGAGGCUGUUCUCGGCAACUACACAAGUGUAUCGUAGCUCAUCCUUCGGGUCAAGCUGUUUUUGACGGCAAUGUCAAAGUUAACAAAUACGCACAACAAACCGAUGCAGGGCAACUAACACGGAGCCUGCUAUUGGAAAAACGUGCAACAGUGAACGUGAAACCGAACCUUCAGAUAAUAGCGGAUGACGUGAAGUGUUCGCAUGGAGCUGCUAUAAGCGAUCUGGAGGAUGACCUUCUUUUCUAUUUCCGUGCUCGAGGGAUCGACCUUGACACCGCUAGAGGAGCUCUCUUGCUAUCAUUUGCUUCGGAGGUGAUUGAAAGUUUGCCUUAUAACGAAAUCCGUGACCAAGUCGAGGGACAUGUGAAAGGAUUGUUGCAAUCCGGCCGUAAAAGCUUACCUCAGUAACGGAAAGUUUAAGCCUUUGGAGAGAAACUUUUCUUGAGGUAAGAAAGAGAGGGGAAGAUGAUGAAGAGAAUUGAUUGGUGAAGCGACCAUAAGUUCUUUGAUCUCGGAUUGUUGGUGAAGUCAGUCGUACAAUGUCGUCUAGUUAUCGUCUAUAGUGUCAGUCCUGCUAGGGAUGGGGCUAGGUAUCCAAGUUUUCUGGUGUAGCCGACUUUGGUUUUGCCCCCCUCGGGUUCCGUCACCAAACUACCGGGGCUUGGCCUCAUCCGGUAAGGGUCGAGAUCUUGGUUGGUCGUGAUGAGACGAGCAACGAUUGGUGACAAGGCGAUCGACAAAUGGUAGCGAGCAGAGGACGAACAACGACCACCACGAGGUGUCGUUUUCGGGAAUGAAAGCCGGUUAAGUCGGUUUUAGGUAAGGAAGGGUAAUUUGGAAAUUUGCAAUCAGGGGUAAAGGACCCCUAAACUUUUUUUCUAUAAUAAAUGGGGAAGUUUCUUGUGAAAUAAACUGUAUCACAAGAAAUGAUUAUGAAA